AUGUUUGACAUUUUAGUUAAUUUUGGAUUCGUCUCUGAUACAUUAAUCUCUUUUAAUAAUAAUUUGCAUUUCCCUGAUGUGAGACAAAUCUAUACCUCAUUUAUUAAGAAAGCUGGUAAUUUUGCUAGCAAGUCAGAAUAUACCUAA